AUGGCCUUCGGCAGCCUCCAGUCGCACUGCCACACCGCCACCGCACUGCUCAAACGGAACCUCGUCACAAUGGAGUGCCCCCGUGGGGCGGGUUCUAGAACCGGGUCGCUGCUCGGAGAGAACGCGCACGAGCUUCUGAGCCGGAGUCAGGAGUUGAGCUGCAAUGGGGGGGCGAUGCACCAGGCGGCGAAAGGCCUUGCAGACGUGGGGGCUGCCGGGGCGAAGGGCGGUUCCGGCCCCCAGAGCGGAAGCCUGGCCGGAGAGAGCAUCCAGAUGGUGCUCGAAUGGACCCUGCCCCGGGACGCCUAUAACGUGCUCCGCUCGUUCCGCUUCCGGAAUGACGACAUCAAGAUGGUAUUCGCGGCGCAGACGGCAGUAGGGGGCGCUUUCGACUGA